UUCCAGAGGCAGGACUUCUAUAUCCAAGUCAGAGUCGAGGAAACCGGAUCACCGGGGCAGCAGCAGGGAGGCAGCUCACACAUACUCUUUCCACAUACCCAACUCUUCACCUCCAUCGUGUCCAGAGUGUUUAUCGGUAGUGAAGAUGAUCCAGGUUGUGCAGGUGAUGCUGUUUCUGUCGGUUCUGGUGGCGUUCGCCGCCUGCGACGCUCCUCCGGUCCCGUUAGACGACAUCCUCAUUGAGAAAACUUUCGUGCCGGAGGAGUGUGUGCGCGCAGUCAAAGUGGGGGAUUAUGUCAGGUAUCACUACAACGGUGUGUUCCCGGACGGCAAGAAGUUCGACUCGAGUUAUGACCGUGGCAGCACCUACAAUGUGUUUGUUGGAAAGAAGCAGCUGAUCGCAGGGAUGGACAAAGCUCUGGUGGGGAUGUGCAUAAACCAGAGAAGCCUGGUCAAGAUCCCACCUCACCUCGCGUACGGCAAACAGGGAUACGGUGACAUCAUCCCUGCCGACUCCAUCCUCCAUUUUGACGUCCUGCUGCUCGACGUGUGGAACCCGGAGGACGGCGUCCAGUCCAAAACCUACCACACACCUUCCACCUGCUCCAGAAAGGUGGAGGUGUCUGACUACAUCCGCUACCACUACAAUGGCACCCUGUUGGACGGGACGCUCUUUGAUUCCAGCCACACCCGUAUGCGUACCUACGACACUUACGUUGGGAUCGGGUGGCUGAUCGCCGGUAUGGAUCAGGGCCUUCUGGGAAUGUGUGUUGGAGAGAGACGCAUCAUCACUAUGCCACCAUCACUUGGAUAUGGAGAGAACGGAGACGGCAGCGACAUCCCAGGACAGGCGUCUCUGGUAUUUGACGUCAUUCUCCUGGACCUCCACAACCCCAGAGACGGGAUCACAGUGACCAAUCAGAUGGUGCCCGUGCCCUGCGAGAGGAAGUCCGUCACUGGAGACUUUGUGCGUUACCACUACAACGGCAGCCUCCUUGAUGGAACAUUUUUUGAUUCCAGCUACUCUCGUAAUCGUACAUAUGACACCUAUGUGGGUAAAGGCUACGUGAUCGCCGGCAUGGACGAGGGUCUGAUUGGAGUCUGUGUCGGAGAGAGACGCACCGUCAUCAUCCCCCCACAUCUUGGCUAUGGAGAGGAGGGCACAGGCACUAAGAUCCCUGGUUCAGCUGUGCUGGUGUUUGACAUUCACAUCAUCGACUUCCACAACCCGUCAGAUAACACCGUGGUCACCGUCACUCACAAGCCAGAAGAGUGUGUUAAGCAAACCAAGAAGGGAGACUUUGUCAAAUAUCACUACAACGCCUCUCUGAUGGACGGCUCGUCCAUCGACUCCACGUAUAACUAUGGAAAGACAUACAACAUCGUCCUGGGAGCCAACCAGGUCGUCCCGGGGAUGGAGGAAGGACUGAUGGACAUGUGUGUGGGGGAGAAAAGACACCUUGUUAUUCCUCCUCAUCUGGGCUAUGGGGAGAGAGGAGUCACUGAUGAAGUCCCAGGGAGCGCUGUGCUGGUGUUUGACAUCGAGCUGGUAGACUUUGAGGAAGGACUUCCUGAAGGCUACAUGUUCAUCUGGAACGAAGACGUGUCCACCGACCUCUUCACCGAGAUGGACAAAGACAAGAACGAGCAAGUGGAGCCCUCUGAGUUCACUGACUACAUCAUGCAGCAGGUGAACGACGGUAAAGGCCGCCUGGCUCCUGGCUUCGAUCCUUAUCGCAUCAUUGACAACAUGUUCUCCAACCAGGACCGCGACGGAGACGGAAAGAUCACAGAGGCGGAGUUCAAACUUAAAGCAGACGAAACCUCCACCCAUGACGAGCUAUGACGGGACUGAGUGUUAAUCUCAGAUUUAAGGUGUAGGCUGAAGGGUCAGACAGCGGGGUGGAAAAACAUGUGGGUGGUAGUGUAGAAAACGAGGGGGUUGUAUGUGUAAAGUAAGCGAGUGUGAAGCGAGAAAUGUGAUGAGAGAUUUUGUGUUUUUUUAAUUUGAAGAUUUAGAUGAUGUUCAAAGGCAAUUGAGAAGAAAGAGGGAGGAUUUAGGAAUUUCGAGGGCUAAAUAUUGGAAAGAAAACACCUCAUUUGAGGUCUAUGAUGACAGUGAAUGACUUUUUUUUACCUCCUCUCCCAUCAAGUUCUUGUCUUGUGUUAUGUGACAUUUAUUUUUUUAUUUUGAAGGGUACAAAAGCACUCGUGUGUGAAAGAACAAACCAAGGCCUCACUCCAUGAUCUCUACAUUCAACACUCCUUUGUGACUUUUAUUGUUCUUAAACAUGUUGUGGUUGUGCGUUGUUUUCUUUUCACUGUGUGCCAGCUUGUCUCUGAAAUAUCUGAGCGUCGGUCAUCACUCACUGUAGUAUACUGUGAUGAUGGAGGGAAGUUACGUUUGUUUCUGAGAGUUACAACUCAUUUAUUGAUAAAAAAAUAAGUGAUAAUUGUAAGUGAGAGGUUAAGUUAGGAUAACAUUUUAUUUACAUUGUUUACAGCUCACACCUUUCACUGUUUUACCCUUUAAAUGUCAGGAUGCCUUCUGUGUUUUCUGCUGUUAAAAUCAUCCAAAGGUCCCAAAUCCUAAUAUGUUGUUGGGGCUUUGCAGUCUUUCAAUCACUUUUGAUCAAGUUGUUCCAUUGCUUGGUUUUUUUUUCUUCAUCCGAACGUCAACACCGGGUUGCAAUUUAAGACUUUGUGUGUGAGUGUGUGUGUGUGUGUGUGUGAGAGAGAGAUGGAAAUGGAGAGAAAAGUGUGUGUGAUUGUUGUUUUUGUUUUACUUUUUCAUUCAGGAGAAUACUGAGGCUAGAUGGUGACAAUGUCAACACAAAGUUUAAUAUGAUUAAAUGACCUGACCUAAAUACA